UGGUUAGCCGCACGUAAACGUUUGACUAGCUGACUCGGAUGUGUGGGGGAGGCAGCGGGCGAAAGGUGGACGAGGGAGGCUCGCGCGCCCUCACUCCGCUCGCGCGCACCGACCGAGAACUACGCUCUCUUCUACGUUCAAACAAGGCGAAACUCUUUGCCGUCAUCCCACCACCGUCCUCCUCUUCAUCGUCACCAUCGCUACUACCAUCACCGUUACCGUCACUGCUCUCUCCGGUACCGUGAUGCCCCGGGAGGAUGGAGAAGUUGUCGGUGAGCCUGUCGGAGAUCACUUGGAGCCCGUUGGGGCUGCCGCUGGACGCGGUGGUCGGCAAGUUCCGGCUGCCCACCCUGGUCCGUUUGGCCCACGGUGAAUGUGUGGAGGGUCUGUCUGAGGAGGAUGUGGUGCUUCUGCACUCCUGCCGUCAGUGGACCACGGUGACGGCCCACAGCUUAGAGGAAGGACACUACGUGAUCGGACCCAAGAUCGACAUUCCGCUGCAGUACCAGGGUAAAUUCAAGUUACUGGAUGAAGACCGUGACGUCAGAGAUCCGGUCCAGUAUUUCUCCAGUGUGGAAGAAGUUGCCGGAGUCUUCCCUGAUCGGGUCUUUGUUAUGGAGGCGAUCACUUUCAGUGUCAAGGUGGUUUCGGGGGAGUUCAGUGAGGACAGCGAGCCCUACAGCUUCACUCUGCAGGCGGGGGAUGAGCUGUCACUCAUGGGGAAGGCGGAGCUUCUCUGUGCCACGCCCCCAAGGGAGAAGACUGGUCUGAGCGCACUCCUGCGACGCCUGGGAAAGACUCCCAGAAGUAAAACCCCCUGCCUGGUCUGCAUGAACCAUCGCACCAAUCAGAGCGUCAGCCUGCCGUUUGGUUGUCGUGGACGCUUUUGCACGCGCUCCCCUUUAGAGCAAGGCAUGCUGGGAGGGGAGCACACCAUACGCAGCAUCAUCGAGAGAGUUCGCCUCCCCGUCAACGUGUCUGUGCCGUCACGGCCGCCGAGGAACACCUACGAUCGCCACGCGGUGAGGGAAGGCCACCGCUACAAGCUGCUCAACAUCGUAAGCAAGACGGUGGUGCUCUGUUUGGUGCUCCGCCGACAGGAAGUCUCUCCCUCCCACUUCCUGCUGCUACGCUGCAUGCCCCGUUUCAACGUGGCCGAGGCGUCUGCUCACACCGCGGCCCUGGAGAGCCUUCUGCUGCGGCACGCCUUUGAUCCGGACGCCUACUCCCGUGCUGUUAGAGAAACCCGGCCAGAGUUGGAGUGCAUGACGGAGGAGAGCGUGAGCCCACGGCGCUCUCGCUUGUGCGUGUCGGGCCAGGACUCCCUGGCGCCGGCGCUGCAGCGCCUCUCCUUGUGCGGGUAUGUGGGCGGGGUUUCAGAAAGCAUGUCACAGCGCUGCAGAGACUCUCUUGGAGAGCGGCUGGGGGACAGACCCGGUGAGGAGAGGGAGUAUGUCACUCCUGAGUGGACUGAGGAUGAGAUGAGGACAAGUGAGGAGAUCCCUUAUGAGGAACUCUGGACCAAUCAGAACACAGAGAGCCUGGGAAAAGAAUCAAACCUUAUAUCACUCCAUACGUCUUCCUCAUUGGAUGGUUCUCUUGGCACCGUGGUGACACGAGUGUCCACCCCGCCACCGAUACCUCCAAAAUCUGAUGCUGUCAGGGAGGAGUGCCGUUACUUGAUUGCCCCUCCGGUGCCCCCUCGCUCCUCUAAAGGAGGCUCCAUCUCCAGCCCGACGCCCAGCCCUCCUGUUCCACCACGCUUCCCCAAAACAACGUCCCCGAGACCGAACCUUUCCUUCUACUCCUCCGGACUGCAGGACAGCUGCUCGCCCUCUCCGGACGCCACCCUCUAUUGUUACCCCUGUUCCUGGGCAGACUGUCCUGCUCCUAAUCCAGCCAGUCCCGAGCCAGCCUCGGCCUUCCCGGCAGACACUUUCAACUCUCAGCCGGCACAGGCCGCCUGGGCGGAGCCAUGGGUAGAUUCCUUUAAGUCUUCUACACCUCGACUCAGACCGCCGCCCCCACAGAGUCGAUUUGCCCCCUUUGGUGCAUUAAACCCCUUUAACCGCCAGUCGCCCUGCCCCUCACCCGAGCCUGCUUCCAGUCCCACCACAGAUUCUUCCCGAGGUGCAGAAGGCGGCAGCACACCAGCAGGUGUGGCUGAAGGCUCGUCCCCGUCGCCCGACCUCACCUGGAGGCCUCCUGCUGACCUGUCCGUGCUCUCGUUGGAGGAAGUGUCUUCAUGCUUGCGGUUCAUCGGCCUCCCAGAGGCAGCGGUGGCGGUCUUCCAGAGGGAGCGGAUCGACGGUAGCCUGCUGGUGCAACUGACUGAAGACAUUCUGUCACAUGACUUCCAUCUGAGCCGACUCCAUGUGACCAAAAUCACACAGUUCAUCCAGGGCUGGAGGCCCAAGAUCUAACCCCACUGGCUGCUCUGCCUCCAUGAAUGUGCCUUCCACUGUGACCUACCGGCUGCUGAGUCCCUCCAGCUGAAGCCUGAGGAAACCACGCCACCCUGUGGUCAAACUGUAGAACUGGCGUCUUGGUGGCUGCUUGAAUCACAGACGGGAACUAGUUUACUAACACUGAGAGCUACAGAGAAAAUGUCCUGAUUCCAGGUUUUCUUGGGAUGGAGCUACAGAGAGGAUGCAGUCCUGAUGCUGAAAUGAUGGGGAAACUUUUUACAUUUAACACACAAGAGUACUUUGAUGAAUGAACAUAAUUUCUGAGCCUGUCCUGGUUUCUCAUCUUGCUGUGGUGGCACCAAUAACAACCUGAGGUUAAAGGAGCUUAUUAUAGGAUACACAGGAAGUGGGACUAGCAGAAUUCAAUAAAUUAAAAACCAACAUGGACCCAUCUCUGACAUCUGGGGGAUUUGGUCCAUUGGGGCAUUUUUAGUUUGUAUUUUAUUAGCACAACAUCAUGUCAGAUAAAACAGCUUCCAGCAGCUCAGAUUUUAAAAAAAUCUCAUAAAAUACCUCAAUGCUGAAUUUAGCUCUGUAACAAAAUCAGCGGCAUUUAUUUUUUAUUAUUUCACGUCAAUUUAAAAUAUAAAUGUUUCAUUCCCCAAAAACGGCUUUAAAAGUUAGAAGCAUCAAAGUCAAUUUCUCUGAUGUUAAUGAAAAGAUCAUGAAUCUCAUUUGGUUUAGUUAAUUGAUAAUUUAGGGAUCUCAACCACGACAAACAAAGACUAUUUACCGAGAAACAAAAUAACUGAUGUUGUCUGAACUGUGAAAAUGUCAUUAGUGCUGUUGUCAGCGUUUUUGUUCUUCCUCAUAGCUGUUACGUUACCAUCGAGCUGCCGUUUAAAAAGUCGUCAUAUUUCCUGCAUCUGUUCCGCAGCAGCCAAAUCAGAAAGCUGCAUUGUGAGUUAAAAUUUGUUUUAGGGUCAGCUGUCUCGUGUGACGUUCCAGACCCGCCCUGCGACGGCGGGAUGCUGAUGUGAUCUUGUAACUGCAAGGCUGCGGUCUGAUGAGCAGCGCAGAAAUAAAGGAGAUUAUAAACAACAGAAACAAGAUUUGCUCGUGUUUGUGGGAUUGCCGUGGUCAAUGAUUCAUGUGAAGAUUCAGCAGCACCAGGAUUGUCCCUAACGUUGAUCCAGCUGUGGGAUCGGGAAGAGUUCACCUGCAGGUGCAGUGAGGAGACUUUUAGAGGAUGUGGUGGAAGCGUCGAAUCUGCAGGAAUUAGCUUUCGUCUGUCAGAAGUUAGACCAGGUGGCGGUUGACAUCAUGGAGAAUUACAGAAAACUUUUUAAAAAAGCUCC